UCAGUGGCCUUCAGACAGAAGCAGAAAUGUUCCAAGAUGAUUAGCUAGGAACACAAGGUACAACUGAAAAUCCACUGUGCAAACAAGUGCCUGUUUGAUUUUCUCUUCACUUCCCUUUGGGUAUUAAGCUUCCUUUCAAUUCGUGUUUGGUUUCUGGUAAUAAAUAUGGCACCAGUUUCAUUGAUUGAUUAUGAAGAUUAGAUGUGAGAAGUCAUGGACGCAAAGCAGUGCCCAGCAUUCAGCACACAGCACUAUUGUUUGUAGGAAGCAUUUGCACGAUGCUGAGACAGCUGGAAGGGUUUACAUUGUGAGGGGAGGGCCCUUCUUUCACCACCCUUUGCGUAAAUGGCUUAUCUCACCUCCACUCAACAAGCCCAGUGUAUGGCCUAGAACUCCCAUCAUACCUGUGCACCAAUUGAGGAGAGACACGUGGGUGGGAAAUUGCAAUAAAAAGACGGCCCACAGCAGGCUGCAUUCCCAUGGCUGGCCAGAGGAGGAGGAACGCUUUGUGUUCUCACCGGAGCUGCAUGGGAAGUCUGCAUACAGCAAAGUGACCUGCAUGCCUCACCUUAUGGAAAGGAUGGUGGACUCUGGCCUCCUGUGGCUGGCCUUGGUCUCCUGCAUUCUGACCCAAGCAUCUGCAGUGCAGCGAGGUUAUGGAAACCCCACUGAAGCCAGUUCCUAUGGGCUGGACUUGGACUGCGGAGCUCCUGGCACCCCAGAGGCUCAUGUCUGUUUUGACCCCUGUCAGAAUUACACCCUCCUGGAUGAACCGUUCCGAAGCACAGAGAACUCAGCAGGGUCCCAGGGGUGCGAUAACAACAUGAGCGGCUGGUACCGCUUUGUAGGGGAAGGAGGAGUAAGGAUGUCAGAGACCUGUGUCCAGGUGCACCGAUGCCAGACAGACGCUCCCAUGUGGCUGAAUGGGACCCACCCUGCCCUUGGGGAUGGCAUCAUCAACCACACUGCCUGUGCCCAUUGGAGUGGCAACUGCUGUUUCUGGAAGACAGAGGUGCUGGUGAAGGCCUGCCCAGGCGGGUACCAUGUGUACCGGUUGGAAGGCACUCCCCAGUGUAAUCUGAGAUACUGCACAGACCCAUACACUGUGGAGGACAAGUGCGAGAAGGCCUGCCGCCCCGAGGAGGAGUGCCUUGCCCUCAACAGCACCUGGGGCUGUUUCUGCAGACAGGACCUCAAUAGCUCUGAUGUCCACAGUUUGCAGCCUCAGCUAGACUGUGGGCCCAGGGAGAUCAAGGUGAAGGUGGACAAAUGUUUGCUGGGAGGCCUGGGUUUGGGGGAGGAGGUCAUUGCCUACCUGCGAGACCCAAACUGCAGCAGCAUCUUGCAGACACAGGAGAAGAACUGGGUAUCUGUGACCAGCCCCGUCCAGGCUAGUGCCUGCAGGAACAUUCUGGAGAGAAAUCAAACCCAUGCCAUCUACAAAAACACCCUCUCCUUGGUCAAUGAUUUCAUCAUCAGAGACACCAUCCUCAACAUCAACUUCCAAUGUGCCUACCCACUGGACAUGAAAGUCAGCCUCCAAGCUGCCUUGCAGCCCAUUGUAAGUUCCCUGAAUGUCAGUGUGGACGGGAAUGGAGAGUUCAUUGUCAGGAUGGCCCUCUUCCAAGACCAGAACUACACGAAUCCUUACGAAGGGGAUGCAGUUGAACUGUCUGUUGAGUCCGUGCUCUAUGUGGGUGCCAUCUUGGAACAAGGGGACACCUCCCGGUUUAACCUGGUGUUGAGGAACUGCUAUGCCACCCCCACUGAAGACAAGGCUGACCGUGUGAAGUAUUUCAUCAUCAGAAACAGCUGCUCAAAUCAACGUGAUUCCACCAUCCACGUGGAGGAGAAUGGGAGGUCCUCGGAAAGCCGGUUCUCAGUUCAGAUGUUCAUGUUUGCUGGACAUUAUGACCUAGUUUUCCUGCAUUGUGAGAUUCAUCUCUGUGAUUCUCUUAAUGAACAGUGCCAGCCUUCUUGCUCAAGAAGUCAAGUCCGCAGUGAAGUACCGGCCAUCGACCUAGCCCGGGUUCUAGAUUUGGGACCCAUCACUCGGAGAGGUGCACAGUCUCCUGGUGUCAUGAAUGGAACCCCCAGCAGUGCAGGGUUCCUGGUGGCCUGGCCUAUGGUCCUCCUGACUGUCCUCCUGGCUUGGCUGUUCUGAGAGCUCCGCUGAGCAUCUGGCCUUGAAGUUUGUGUUCUUCCCUCUGGCAAUGGCUCCUUUCAGCACUUCUGCUUUCCGCUCCAAUUCACACAGUCUUGGUAUUAACAGACUCAAGGCCAGGCUAGGUUUAGGGAAAGGGAAGAGCUUUCACCUUCUUUAAAACUCUCGGCUGGGCACAGUGGCUCAUGCCUGUAAUCCCAGCACUUUGGGAGGCUGAGGCAGGCGGAUCACCUGAGGUCAGCAGUUCAAAACCAGCCUGGUCAAAAUGGUGAAACUCCGUCUCUACUAAAAAUACAAAAAUUAGCCGGGCAUGGUGGCAGGCGCCUAUAAUCCCAGCUAUUUGGGAGGCCAAGGCAGGAGAAUUGCUCGAACCCAGGAGGUGGAGGUUGCAGUGAGCUGAGAUUGUGCCAUUGCACUCCAGCCUGGGCAACAGAGCAAGACUCUGUCUCAAAAAAAAGAAAAAAGAAAAAAGAAAAGCAACAUAGUGGGGUUCCUGUCAAUCUGUCCUCGGUUGCCCUUCUCAUUUGUUAAUGGGACCUUGAAAGCAAGAUGCUAGGUGCCCUCUGUGGCUCCACCCUUUACCGGAAGUGUGGUACAUGUUUUUAACUUCAGGGAAGAGGUAUCCUGUCACUGGGGUAUGGGAUGAGCAUAGAGAAGAGGCACCGGCCAUGCCUCCUUCCUAAGCAUCUCCUGUUCUGACUGCUCAUGAAUUGAAGAAACUGACCCUUGUGUUCACUCUGCUUCCCCUGAUUGUUUCUAUCAUGGUUUCCAAAAAUUGCCAUGGGAACAUGUCAAAGGGCCACUUUGAGACUCUGCUCCAGGAAAAACUAGUCCCCAUAACUCCCCUAUCCCCCACCAUACCACAGACAUGCUGUGACUUAGAGAACUACACAAACAUCCUUGGGACCUAGAUGCUGAAGGAAUGACUUAAUAUGAUGCAGAAACUCCAUCACCCAAGGGAGUACCUCUCACUGUAAACAGUGCUGUGCUUGCUCUGAAGGAUUAAGCAAGGAGUCCCAGCAGAAGCAAUGCACCAGUCCUACUAUGGGAAUGAAACUGCAAAGCCUAGGAGAUGGGUGAAGUCCCUGCCUGUCUGGAGACCUUUAAUGAGUACUUCAAAGCACUCAACAAAGACGCAACAAAUAGGGCACCACACAUACACAGGCAUUAAUACUCACGGGCAUAUAGAUGCUGACAUGUGUACACUGACUUACGCCCUUCCCACAGCUACAGAUAAGGCCUCGCAAAGUUGGCCUCAGAGACACAUCAGGAACCAAGGUGGACCAGCAGGUGCCGAGCCUGUGUAUCUGCUUGGAGGAGACGUUCCAAUGUGCUGCCUUGUUCAGAGAUGGUGUGGUUGCAAGAAACAGAAACCCACUACAAUUUCUCAGGAAAAAAGGGAGUUAAUUAUAAGGACAUAAGAACGCAAAGUUCAAGUGCAAGAGAUACAUCCAGGCUGCACAAGCUCCGGGAGUGGGGCCUGGCAAGCCAAAAGAAACCAAAGUUUGUCUUGCCUUCUGUUCCUCUUUCUGAAGCCACAUAGCCUUUUAUGACUGUGUGUCUUUGCAUCGCCUUUGUUUUCUUUUUAUGUCUCUGAAGCCAGCUUUUCCUGUUCACUCAUCCCUUGAUUAAAUAUGGACAUUCUAGCUUCACAUCACUUCCUAAUUCGGGGACCAACAGAGUCUGGUUAGCAUGUUGCUAUCCCACCUCCAAACUGCAUCAGGGAAUUUGAUUUCGCUGCUUGGGUCAGGGUCCAAUAGUCUGGGCCAGGGGACUGGGACCAUCUAGCACAUAGCCAAAGGGGCUGAUCUGAUGGGGAAGGUCUGACACAAAUGGGGUCAUUUCUUAGACAGACAUCCCAAGGGCCACUGUGAUAGUGGCUUCUCUAAAAGACGGGUUCCUGAGAAGAAUUGCAUUCUGUUUCCCAGUGAGUUAGAGGAGUCAUACCUACUACAUCCCAGGGCAGGUGGCAUGGUAGAAACAGGCCUGAAAGACAGGUCAGGUUCUAACCUUCUCCCCUCUCUGAGGCUCAGCUGCUCCCUUCUGUAGAAUAAAAGGGGUUGGUCUGUAACAAGAUUUUCAAAAAUUUAUAGUAGUGGAACUUUACAAUUUGACAUGGACAACCAGAGAUUAAAAGCAAAUAGAUUCUUGUUGAUGUCAGGUGGGGAGCUCAGCUCUCCCAUUCUGUGAUUCCUUCCUCUGAAGGCCUUCAAAGCAACUCCAUAAUAACUCACCGAGCUGCCAGAGCCGAUGUUUUGGAGCACCCUGGGACAUAUGAACUCUAAUACAACUUCCAGGAGAAAGUACAUAGGAUUCCACUUAGAGCCAAUCUCAGCUAUCUAUCUGUCUGGCUACCUAUCAUCUAUCUAUCUAUGUAUCUACGUAUCUAUCUAUCUAUCUAUCUAUCUAUCUAUCUAUCUAUCUAUCAUCUACCUCCUAUCUACCUAUCAUCUACAUACCUACCUACUCAAUUAUCAUCUAGCUAGCUAGCUAUUUACACCUUUUUGUUUUCUACAAAUGGGCAUGUUGUCUGAAUAACAAUCUCUGAAUGUCCAGUCCACUUCAUUCAUUCACUCAGUCAACACAAAUUUGCUUAGCAGGUUUUAUGUCCCGGGUCCAAGGGCCUGGGUACAAUAAUUAAUUAGACACAAUCCCUUCCCUAGGAAGGUUCACAAUCCUGGCAGAACACAAACUCACAUAGAGGCACUCACAGGCAAACCACAAACACACAUGCCCACUUACCCCCACACACAGGCCUGUAUACCCAGAGGCGUCUAUCCACACCAACACACACAUUCUAACAGACACACAUAUCAACCUCAUGUGCCCAAAGGCACAGAUGCACAUGCAGAAAGCCUCAGAGACCCUCAAGUCAGCCACUUACAUAUUUACUCUCAUGAAUUACUUUGUAACAACCAAUAUUUUUUAACACCCCCUAUGUAUAAGGCAUUAUUUUAAGUGCAUUUUGGGCACUAUAUCAUUCCACCCUCACAUUAGACAUUGAAGGUAGCCACUAUUAUUACCUUCAAUUUAGUGAUGAGUAAACCAAUGCUUUAAAAAGAUAAUUACUCAAAGGCCUAUAGCUUUUAAAUGCUGAUUUCAGGGCUUGAACCCAGGUAGCCAGACUUUGAAGCAAAUGCUCUUGACUAGACACUGUAUCCUGCCUCCAUUUAUAUAUAACACUUAACACACACACAUAAACACACACACACACACAGUGUGGCACCCAUAUACACAUACGUAUAUGUGUAUAACAUAUAUGCACCCCCUUGCAAACAGGUUAUGUGGACAGACACAAGCAUUUUCCAGCAAAGGCCCUCACACAUACACAGGCAUUAAUACUCAUGGGCAUACAGAUGUUGACAUGUGUGCACUGACUUAUGCGUCAUGAUUUAGAUGCAGACACAUCAAUGGAACUUCACAUAUAACUUAACACAG